AUGUGUCUGAAAUUUGAACCCUUGAACAUCCUGAUCGCCGGUGCCGGUAUCCGCAUCCCACCCAACAGCACUCGCCUUCUACGCCGAUGGGGGGUUGACUUUGACAAGAUGCGAAAAUGUGUCUGCCAAGGAUAUCAUUUUCGUCGCUGGCAAGAUGGAUCGACAAUAACUGAAAUCAAUCCUGAGGAUAUGAUCGCUUGUCACGGUGCACCGUAUUAUCUGGUCCAUCGUGCUGAUUUGCAUGCAACUUUACUAGCCGUCGCGAUCGAAGCCGGUGUUGUCAUUCAUAAGAAUCGACAUGUGACCUACUAUGACUUCAGCGUUCCAAUUGCUGUCACAGCAGAUUCGGAGAAAUGGACAGCUGACCUCAUAAUAUGUGCAGAUGGAAUCAAGUCUACUGCUCGACCGCUUCUAACAAGUCAGCCAGACCAUCCUCGAGACACGGGCGAUAUUGCAUAUCGGAUCCUCAUAAACGGUCAGGAUCUACUGGCCGACCCGGAUCUUGCCGGUCUCAUCACGCACCCGGCAACAACGUCGUGGUGUGGGCCAGAUGCCCACCUCGUUGGCUAUCCUAUACGAGAUGGUGAGCUGUACAACAUAGUCGUGUGUGCGACAUCGAAAGGAGAGACGACAGAUGAGAUUUGGGUUGUGGAGGGCGAUAAUGAGGAGCUUUGCGCGAGAUUCUCCGGAUGGGAGCCCCGUGUGCAGAAGUUAUGUCGUUUGACAAAGUCCUUCAUGAAAUGGCGAUUAUGCGACCUUCCCGCACUUUCCACAUGGAUUCAUCCGUCAGGUAAGGCUUGCCUCUUGGGAGAUUCCUGCCAUCCGAUGCUACCGUAUCUGGCGCAAGGAGCUGCCCAGGCGGCUGAGGAUGCUGCCACGAUUUGCAGGGCUCUGGCUGAGGAUACCGAUAUCACAAGCGCUUUGAAGCGCUAUGAGCGUAUCCGCAGCCCCAGAGCGUCCUUGAUCCAAUCUAAGACGCGAGAGCACCAAUACAUCUUGCAUGUCGAUGACGGUGAAGAGCAGUGCCAGCGAGAUGAGCUUAUGCGACACGACAGUCCGUCUAGUCCAAUCUUCUGGGGAUACGAGCUGCGUCGGGAAUGGUUGUUCAGCCACGAUGCUGAAAAGAUGGAAGAGGCCACUGCAGAGCCACGAUUGAGAACAGCUGCUCUAUAA